CUGAACUGCGAAAAGGGAGGCUUCCUCCGAGGGUCCCUGAGCCUGCCCAUCGAGACUUUGUACCCUGCGCUGCCUACCCUUUACAACCUGGCCAAGGCCUGCGGUAUCAAGACCGUGAUCUGGUAUUGUGACCUCACGCAUCACUUGUGGCUUCUUACCUGGGACGGCGAACUCUGCAACAGCCCAAAGAAGGACAAUGCCAAGCGGGUCUUAGACAUAGGUACAGGAACAGGAAUUUGGGCUCUGGACUUCGCGGAAGAACAUCCUGAGGCACAAGUAAUUGGUGUGGAUCUUAGCCCGAUCCAGCCCGGCUUCGUACCUCCUAACUGCAGCUUUGAGGUCGAUGAUGUCGAAAAGGAGUGGACAUGGUCGAAACCCUUCGACUUCAUCUUCGUUAGGUCCAUGAUUGCAAGUUUCUCCGAUUGGCCUGACAUUCUCGCUAAAGCAUACAAAAACCUCGAGCCAGGCGGUUAUAUCGAGCUGCACGAUCAUCAACUGCCGCUCAAGUGUCAAGACGGCACUAUGACAGAUGAUUUCAAGCCAUACCAAUGGAACAACAUGCUCAUCGAAGCCACAAACAAGAUUGGCCGUCCCAUCAACGUCCCGUACAAGUUUAAGCAGAUGCUCGAAGACGCCGGCUUCGUAGACAUCGAGGAAAGAAUCGUUAAGUGGCCAUUUAAUGAUUGGCCCAAGGACUCGAAACUACGGGAAAUAGGUCACUGGACAAAUGAAACCGCCCUGGCUGGCGUCGAGGCGGUGUCCAUGGCGCUCUUCACUCGUGUGCUCGGCUGGGAACCUGCAGAGGCCACGGUUUUCUGUGCCGAGGUCAGAAAUGCGCAUAAAACUAAGGCAGUUCAUGCCUACUACGACGUAUACGGUGUUUGGGCUCGGAAGCCGGAGAAGAAGGACGACGAAAAGUCCACUUGA